AUGAAGGGCUCCCUUUUGACUUUAAUUCUAUUCCCUGUCUUACUUGCCAUCUCAGAGGUGAGGAAUGAGGAGUCUAUGAAGCACUGUGGGCUAGUAAAAGCAGACAUCUACAUCUGGGCUAGCUCCAGGUGGAGAAGGCACCCGGAAGGGACCCCUCAAAGUCAGCAAGGUAACAUUAACUCAUCCCAGCUCCCAAAUGAUCCUGUUUCUGAGGAAGGCGCAGCGCCAAACCUCCCGAAGGUGGAUUCCUCGGGGGAGGAAAAGCUUCCUGAUGGACAGCUGCCCCCUGAAGGGCUUUGGGGCUCAAAGAAGCUUUGGGUGAUGUCAACACAAGACUCACAAAGAGUCAGCUGCCCUGCCUGUUGUUCCAUGCCUGAUUUAUCUGCUCUUUGUUAA